CGCAUCUACAGCGGUGAGGGCGUCACCACGUCUUUGCCUUGGUUAAAGUGAUUGGCCAACAUCAGUGGCAGUCUUCCUGUAAAGCAAAACAUACCCGCCCAGAGCCCCCGGGAUGAGGAGGAGAGGACGAGAGUUUCAACAGAAGAGAACAGGGAAAUGAAGUUGUCUGACAGGCCAGCCCAGCAACUCUCUCUUUACAACAAGGCAGCUAGCUAGCAGUUUAUGUGACAGACGGUCACGAGUAGAGAAAUUCAUAUGAAACAGCACAGCUAUGAAGGUCGUUUGCUUGAGCAACUUGUAGCUACAAGUAGUACACGUUAGAUAGCUAACGUUACAGCCACAUAUCUCAGAUAACGUCACACUCCAAAGUAACGUUAGCGUUACAGUGGUAAAAGAAAGUGGGGACAACUUGCUAGCCGGCUAGCUAGUUUUUAGCCUGCGAACCUCCUUCGGCUUCAAAACUAAAGUUAACUCGAGAUUUGGGCUUGGAUAACCAGUCUUCAGUCAUGCCUUUUCCUUUUGGGAAGUCUCAGAAGAGUCCAGCUGAUAUAGUGAGGAGUUUGAAGGAGAAUAUGGCAACCAUGGAAAAGAUGGAUGCUGGUGACAGCAAAAAGUGCGAAAAGGUCGCGGAGGAGGUGUCCAAAAACCUGGCUUCACUGAAGGAGGUACUUAGUGGAACAGGUGACAAGGAGCCUCAAACCGAAGCAGUGGCUCAGCUUGCACAAGAGCUGUACAACACCAACCUCCUGAUCGCUCUCAUUGCAAACCUGCAGAGGAUUGAUUUUGAGGGGAAGAAGGAUGUGGUUCAUUUGUUCAGCAAUAUUGUGAGACGUCAAAUUGGCACCCGUACACCCACGGUGGAAUACAUCUCUACGCAACAACAGAUACUCUUCAUGCUUCUGAAAGGAUAUGAGAGUGCAGAAGUGGCUCUGAACUGUGGAAUGAUGCUGAGAGAGUGCCUGCGUCACGAGCCAUUGGCACGGACAGUGCUCUUCUCCGAAGACUUCUACUGCUUCUUCCAUUAUGUUGAUCUCUCAACCUUUGACAUUGCAUCUGACGCUUUUGCCUCAUUCAAGGAUCUACUCACAAGGCACAAGAUUAUGUGUGCAGAUUUCUUGGAGAAAAAUUAUGACAGGGUUUUUGCAGAAUACGAGAAGCUGCUGCAUUCUGAGAACUACGUCACCAAACGUCAGUCUUUGAAGCUCCUUGGGGAACUUCUCCUGGAUAGACACAACUUCACUGUCAUGACGAAAUACAUUAGUCGGGCGGAGAACUUGAAGCUGAUGAUGAACUUGCUUAGAGACAACAGCCGAAAUAUCCAAUUUGAAGCGUUCCAUGUGUUCAAGGUAUUUGUUGCAAACCCCAACAAGACUCAGCCGGUGCUGGACAUCCUGCUGAAGAACCAGGCCAAACUCGUUGAGUUCCUGAGCCACUUCCAGACCGACCGAUCAGAGGAUGAGCAGUUCUGCGACGAGAAGAACUAUCUGAUUAAGCAGAUCCGGGACCUGAAGAGGCCCACAGCACCGGAGGAAGCUUAAGGCGCUGCAUCAGGUGGUAGAUGUUAUUGGGUGAUGGCUGGAGCUGCAGAGGGUUAAGAGAGAGUCUAAAAGACAUGCUUCAUUAAAAUGUAAUAUUAACUACAAAAUAUAGGAAAAAAAGAUUACUUCCUUCACUUUCUUUUUUUUUUUUUUGUGUGUGGAGGUGAUUUCCAUCCAGCAACCUGAGUGGGCCAAGAACUGUUAUUUAAACCAUAGUGCUUCUUCUCUAGUGAUACUUAAUUGCAUUCAGUCCAUUCUUGUAUUGUUGGACCUUAAACUGUUGCCCUUCUACACACAUUGUGGCUGGCAGAGACCUUAGAAUGACAAAAGUGUCACCCCAUUCACAGCCAACGUGUGUUCUCGGAAGUCUUUCUCAGAAAUGUGUCUAUAUUUUAGAGAUUGAGAAGGUGAUGAGAAGUUAAUAUAUUAUUUUUCUAAUGUAUCUUCAUGGUAAACAGUUCAAAACAUAUAGUAACCCUUCUCUCGGAACAUUUAAUCUAACUAAUUGCAUAGGUUUGGUUUCUUUCCUUAUUGUAAGCUGUUUUGUUGUACAGAGACUUAAAAGCGCUUUAGAAAAAUACGGCUUUGGCAGAGUGACGUGGAUCAUAUUGGCCAGGUCAGCACAUAAUUAUUGGUGAUUAAUGUUUCGUUAUUAGGCCUUUGGUUGCAUGCGUGAGGUUCCAGAGGUCAAAGAUGAUCCCGCGGUGUUGCUUGCCAGUACUGGCCAUUGCAUUAGCUGGCACAGGAAGAGGAAAUCAAAACAAUAGAGGAAUCAAUUAAUUGUGCUGUGAUUUUUUUUUUUUUUUUUUUUUUUUUUUUAGGCUGCACUGAACGAGGCUUACACAACUGAAAUAGAAACAAGGCAACAGAUAAUGCUGCAGGGUACCAGCUGUCCAUUCCAUGCUUACAUGGCUAGUCAGGAUAUACCCAUUGAUCUCACUGGGAGCACUCCAUCUCACCCUCACAUACUGAGCACACAUGGAAAGUAUUCAUUUUAAAACAAUGCUUUAACAAUUCAUGGGCUUUUAAACUACGUGAUGUAAGCCAUGUUGAGCAUUUCUCUUUCACACCAUAAAAACUGCAUAACACAAGAAAUUGUAUUGUAACUUGCGUGCCACAUGAUGAUGCAUUAUAAGUAUGUUACACUGUAAAUCUAUUAUAUUCAUAUGAGAGCACAAUGUGUUAUUUAAAAUUAGUGAAUCUGAUGAUCAGGAUAAAUCAGGAGUGUCAUUUUUGUUAAGUUUCCUCAUUUCCUUUUCAUUUGACACACAUUAAACAUCUGCUACACAGGACUUGAGAAUUGGGCAGACUGUAGCUAAGAAACAUUUUAUUAAAUACUACUAUUAUACUAUAUCAUCUACAGUUCAACCAUGCAUUACUUUACACCAAAGAAUACAACUGCAAUAUGGGGUGGCAGAUGCUAAAACAUCAGGCUUUAAAAAUUGUAUUUUUUUGACUUUUCUGAUUGGAUUUAAAAUACAUUUUCAUAGAAUACACUGUGACAUGCCUGUGAUGCAUCAGAACACGUGUCCUAUCAGAUGUCAACAUUGUCAAAAUAACCACAUGCACUUUUAAAACAAGUUUGUUUUGGAUGAAGAGCACUGAAUUUAAGCUCCUCGCAUGCAUCACUGAGAAGUUUUAUUUCUUCAAAAGACUUCUGUUAAAAUAUUGCCUUACUUCUGCCAUUGUCACUAAAAUGGCAUAUUGGGGAUUUUAAGAAAUAUAUUGUCAGCACACAGUCUUCUAGUAUAUACCUCAUGGGAUUUGAGUUUGCAAAAGUUCUCUUUCCUUUCCUUCCUAGACAAGAUAUUUUAUUUGACAGUUUAAAAGACACAACAGUGGUUUGUACGCUUGCCUAAACUAUAUAUAGAUAUAUACAUAUAUAUCUAUAUAUAUUAAAUAAUGUGUUCAAAGUGAAACAGGGACUGCGAUCUGAUUUUCACAAUGGAAAACUAGAUUUUUUUUAAACUUAAAUUUUUCAUUGGGUGGUGCCACACAAACGUUAAUUCAUAAUGAAUUGCAGUGUGGUACCUUGUAAUGAGCGUUGCCUUAUUUAAAGACAUUUAAUGGAGUGUAAUGAUUAUGUAAAAUUCCAGACCUUUUAAAUCUGAAGUCAAUAUAGAAGGGGUGAAAGAAAUGUACAUUUCAACUACCAAAUGCAUUACUAGUGUCGCUUUAUUGCCAACUGCAUUGUGCUCUAAUGUGAUCCUGCGAGUGUAAAUAUAUAUUUUAAUAGACUACACUCAGAGUAGUUUUCAGUUCUGGUAAUUAGCAUUUAAAUUCCAUAAAAUAAUUUGGGAACUCUGCUGUGAAUGUGGUACAUUAUGCACAAAUAGACUCACGUCAGUUUACAAGAGAAAGUUUGUCUGAAAGUGUGCUUUGAGUUUCUUAAAAAUCCUGACCGGGAUUUUUCCACUCAUGUUUUUUUUUUUUUAGUUUUUUUUUAAGGGGAGACAAUUAUUCAAAACUAUAUUAAUGCAUCAGACUUAACCCAGACACACAAGAGUCUUUACUAAUAUAUUCAUGAGCACAGACAAACUUGCUGACAAACUGUUGCGCACCAGCCUGUAAUAAUAUCCGCGAUUAUCUGAAAGGAAAAAUCUAUUUUAAUAAAGGACAUGCUGUACACAAGCCAUCCCGUUAGGGGGAGCUGUUGGCAACAAUUGGCCCAAUUGUAUUAGUUGUGCAAACAAAGUUUUUCAUGUUUCUAUAACCCUACCUCUAAUUAUGACUAUAUAAAUCACUGGCAAUAUUAUGUAGACGCCACACAAAUUCCUUCAGAUCAAUACGAUAUAUUUUGUGAUUUAGAGUUUUCUGUUGAAAUAUUUGUUGCGCUUUACUUUUUUUUUUUUUUACUUUGUUGCCUUCUUUUUUUCCCCUUCUCUUUCCACACUGUGGAUAUUGUCUUUAUUUACCAUGGGAGCAAAUUACGUGUACAUAACUUCAUAAAGCAUAAAAGUGUGACAGCAUUCAUGAUAAUAAAACUUUAUGGCAAUUC